AUGUACCGGCGCAGCUACGUCUUCCACGCCCGCAAGGAGCAGUACCAGCGCGCAGACGAGGCGUCGCGCGCCGCCGAGCCCGAGCGCCCGGCCGACGAUGGCUGGGUCGGGGCGGCGAGCCUGGCGGCGCUGCAGGGGCUCGGCGAGCGCGUGGCCGCCCACAUCCAGCGGGCCCGCGCGCUCGAGCAGCGCCACGCCGGCCUCCGGCGGCAGCUGGACGCCUUCCAGCGUCUGGGCGAGCUGGCCGGCCCCGAGGACGCUCUCGCGCGCCACGUUGAGAGCAACCGCCAGCGCGCCCGGGACCUGGCGGCAGAGCGCGCCCGGCUGGAGCGCCAGGGCACAGAGGCGCAGCGCGCGCUCGACGAGUUCCGGAGCAAGUAUGAAAAUGAGUGUGAAUGUCAACUGCUGCUAAAAGAAAUGCUUGAACGGCUUAACAAGGAAGCCGAUGAAGCCUUGCUGCAUAACCUACGCCUUCAGCUCGAAGCCCAGUUCCUGCAGGACGAUAUCAGUGCAGCAAAGGACAGGCACAAAAAGAAUCUUCUGGAAGUUCAGACCUAUAUCUGCAUCCUGCAGCAGCUCAUUCACACCUCUACUCCUCAGACAUCCAGCAUGACCAGUGGGAUAAGGGAGGAGAAGCUCCUGACGGAACGGGAAGUGGGUGCCCUGCGGAGCCAGCUGGAGGAGGGCCAGGAGGUGCUCGCCCACCUGCAGGCACAGAGAGUGGAGCUGCAGGCCCAGACAACAGCCCUGGAACAAGCUAUUAAAAAUGCCCACGAUUGCUACGAUGACGAGAUUCAGCUUUAUAACGAGCAGAUUGAAACCCUGCGCAAGGAGAUUGAAGAGACGGAGCGGACCCUGGAGAAGUCGUCCUACGACUGCCGGCAGCUGGCGGUGGCCCAGCAAACGUUGAAGAAUGAGCUGGACCGCUAUCAUCGGAUCAUCGAGGUUGAAGGCAACAGGCUGAGCUCUGCCUUCAUUGAAAUGCCCAUUCCCCUGUUCACCUCAAGCCAUGGAGCCUCUUUCAGCUCUGGAGCUGGUGGAAAAGAUCUUACUAGGGCUGUACAGGAUAUUACAACAGCAAAACCAAGACAAAAAGGCCUUCCCAAGACUGUCCCAAGGAGAAAGGAGAUUAUGGCCAAAGACAAAGCAGAUGGGCCUUUGGAAGACCCACCAUCAAAAGGUCUGGAAGAUGCAAAGAUGGUGCGGGUGGUGCUUAAAGAGGAAGGCGAAUCUAAGCUUGAACCGGAGGGUAAAGGAGCAAGUCUCCUAGCACAAGAAGGGGACCCAGAGGAUGUGCCAGAUGGAGGGCAAAUAAGCAAAGCCUUUGGGAAGCUGUACAAGAUGGUCAAGGAGAAAGUGAAAAGCCCCAGAGAGCCAGAGCCACCUGUUGACCUCUUCACCAAAGGCCGACAUGUGCUGGUCACAGGGGAUGCCAGUUACGUGGACCCUGAGUUCUAUGUGUCUUCCAUCCCGGCCAAAGGUGGGGUGGUUGUUUCCAUUGAGGAAGAGUCUGUGCCUCCUGAGGACCGUGGAGAACCCCCUCCUGAGCAGCCUGAGCCCCCUCAGGAGAACGGGGAGGAAGUCCCUGAGGGGAGAGAAGUUGAACAACCCAGCAUCCAGCCGACUGCAGACAAGGAGGCUGAGAUAAGUGCUGAAGACCUGAAGGGCCUAGAGGAGAAAGAGGAUGUCGAGAAGGAGGGUGAGGGACCCCCGGCACCCUGUCCCACAGUCAUACCUGGUCCAGAGGAACCGUCUACCCCUCAGGCUCAAAGGCCUGUGGCUAUUCAGGAUGGAUUGGAGGGAACUAGGAGAAAAAGCCCAGAGAAAAGCCCUCCCAAGCCUGUGGCUUAUCAGAAGGUGGAAGUGGUGGAAUCUAUUGAGACAAUUUCCACAGAGAGCAUUGAGACAUACGAAGAAACCGCUGUCAUCGUGGAGACCGUGGUUGGAAAGGCAAAAGCAAACAAGAAGAAAUCAGGAGAGAAGGGCUCUUAAAAUGCCCAGGCUCAAUGGCAGAGGAUGGCUUUGGGGCACUGUCGGGGAAAUGCUUUGGUAUUUUAGAGCCGAUUUAAGAUAAGAGUGUGAGAGUUCCUGUUUGGACUAGACCAUAGUGGAACUGUCUGGCAUUGUCAUGAAGCUUUUAUUAAAAUGUUUUCUUUGCUUGCA